AUGAACCAGUCAUGCUUCCCCUUCCACGAGAACAUCCGAAUUCAGAUGCACGAAGUGCAGGUGGUGGUGGUGAUGAUGAUGAUGAUGAUGGUGAGGAUCGCUCUCAAGACGCCCAUCGUCUCCAGCCCCAUGGACACGGUUACAGAGUCUAACAUGGCCAUUGCUAUGGCGCUGGAGGGUGGCAUUGGCGUUAUCCACACCAAUCUGCCGGUUGAAGCUCAGGCCUACGAGGUGGCGCGAGUGAAGAAGUACAAGGCCGGCUUCAUUCUUGAGCCGAAGUGUGUGCCCCCAACAAUGACGGUGGAGGAGCUCGACAGGUUGAAGA